AUGAUUCCGACUUCGAGCUUUGGGGGCUGCGUUUUAUUUUGGCGCUGGUUCAUUUUGGCCCCCACCGGAGAUACACAGUUUCAGGCUAAACUGUGCGUGUCCGUUUUGUCGAAAGACCUGCGCGAAGUCCUGCGCGUGGUUCCGGACGACAUCAAAGCCAUCAGCCUGAUGGAGGACAAGCCAUCGAUCGAGCAAAAGAUCCUUUUCCAUUUCCUCCCAGAAUUGGCCAAAUAUGCUGAGAAUAUGAACAACCCAGAGUGUGAAACACCACGUCAGCGCCUCUACUUGCUCAUCGACCACCUCAAGGAAGCAUAUUCAGCCAUCUCGUAG